AUAAAAUGAUAAGAUAACGGUAUAAAUGUAAACUAAAACAAUUUAUUUUCAACUUUAAUUCAAUCAAAAACCGCUACCAAAAUGAAAAUUUUCGUGUUUCUUUUUGUUGCCUCAACAUGGACUUGUUUGUGGGGAGAGGCAAACAACAUUGAUUCAAAAUUCGCCAGUGCACGUAUUAUUGGCGGAUCAGGGGCAAGGGCUGGUCAAUUUCCCUUUGCAGCGGCCAUUUAUAUUGACACAGAUGACGGCAGAUAUUUUUGUGGUGGUUCUCUUAUCAGUAAUCAGUGGAUUUUGACUGCAGGUCACUGUGUCAAUGGAGCUGUUCGUUUUACAAUUCAAGUGGGAUCAAACACCCUUGAAUGGAGUGAUGACAACAGGGUUACUCUCACUGCUAACGUAUCCGUUUUGCAUCCAGAGUUUGAAGAACUGACUUUGAAAAAUAAUGUCGGACUAAUCCAGCUCAAUGAGCCGGUUCUAUUCAGCGACUACAUUUCGUCGAUUUUUCUACCAUCAACUGAUCUUCAACACGAUGCCAACGUCACGUCAAUUGGCUGGGGACAAACCGACGACUAUCAUCCCGCACCUGUAAACCAACUCAACUACGUCCAUGUUAUCACGUUAUCUGAGGACGAAUGCAAGGCGACUUAUGGGAACCAAAUUGCUGAAAAUAUGUUCUGUGUCGCAGGAAAAUAUAACGAAGGGACGUGUUUGGGUGAUCUAGGAACACCAUUGGUGCGCUAUGUUUUGAAUGACCGACACGCUGAACAUGUAGGUAUUUCAAGUUUCUUCAGUGAUAAUGGGUGCGAAGCUACCGACCCAUCGGGUUAUACCAAAACCUUCGGAUACGUGGCAUGGAUCAAAAAUGUAACCGGUAUUCCAUAAAUGUUAAAAAAAAUGCUGUGUUAAUAUAAAAACUGGAAUAAACAGUAGAAAAGAA